AUGUCAGAUGUUAAAAUAGAAAUAGAUCGUACGACAACAGAUGGAACAUUUACAAAUCAUGAUAUUAUAAAAGGUAAAAUAACAUUAGUUGUAACAAAAGCAAUUACAUUAAAUUGGAUUCAAGUUAAAUUAGAAGGUAUAUCAUCUACACAAUUAUCAAUACCUAAACAACUAAGUAAUAAAAGAGAUAAAGAUAAAAAAGAAAAAUUAAUAAAAGAUGAUCAUAAAGUAUUAUAUGAUACUCAAAUUGUUUUCCCACCUGAUAAUAUAAGACAAGUUUCACAAGCAAAAGAAUUUACAUUAGCACCAGGGAAUUAUUCAUAUAAUUUUGAAUUUAAAAUUCCACUAAAUAAUUCAUGUGUUAAAAUGAGUGGGAUUUCAAAUAAAGUUUCAUUAAAUUUAAAAACAUUUGAUGUAAUGAUAAAUAAUGGGAAUUUUAAUUCAACAUUUGUUAAAAAUAAAGCAAAUCAAUUUAUAAAUGAAUAUUCAAAUGGUAAUGGAUCAAAUUCAAAAAAUUCAAUAAGACCUCCACUGCCUCAACAACAACAUUAUCAUAUAACAUCACAAUUACCUCCUUCAUUAUCAGGUAUUGGAGAUUUUGCAAAAAUUAAAUAUUUUAUAAAAGUUACAUGUAAAAGAUCAUCAUUUUUAAAAACUAAUUUAAGAGCAUAUGAUCCUUUUAUUUUUCUACCUUUAGAUUUAGAUAUGCAAAAUAGACCACUUUUAGGAAAUCAAGAAUUUGAAAUUGAUUAUAAAGAAGCAUUUGUUAGAAAAGAAUUAAUUUUUAGAAAUAGAAUUCCUGAAAUUGUUGGUAUAAAAUUCCCAUCAUCAAAUUCUCAAAAACGUACAUCUUCUUAUCUGGAAAAAAAAGCAUUACCUUCAAUCCCCAAUAUUCAACCAAAAAAGCAAGGUUUAAUGCUGAGAUUAUUUGGGAAUGAAACUAAUUUAUCCAUUCCAUCACCUCAAACUUCAAAUGUUUAUCAAAAUCCACCACAACAAAUAUCACAACCGCCAAAUCCUACUAAAAAAUUUAUACCAGAAAUAAAAUCAAAAGAUGUUUCAUUCUCAUUUGAAAUUAGAUUUAGAUAUCCUGCAUUUUUAAUACCUACAAAACCACCAUCUUUUAAAUUAUUUUUAAUAUCAAAUUUGAAUCCAGCAAGAUAUACAUUAGCAGAAUAUGGAAAACCAGAUGAUUCAAAUGGGUUAGGGAUAAUAUAUUUACAAAAAUUAAAUAUAACUUUAACUUCAACCACAUUAGUAUCAGUAGUUGAAAAUGAUGGAGCAUCAAAUGAAUAUCAUAUGGGACAACAUGAAGAAAAAUUAAACGUUUGUAAUAAUACUUAUCAAAAUUUAAAAUUUGAUUUAAUGCAUAGUCAAUUAAAUAGAAAUGCAUCAAAUUCAGUUACGUCAAAUAUUAAUUCAACAAAUUCCGUAUAUGAAAUAGAAAUACCCAAAAAAUAUUUUGAUAAUUGUAUAUUACCAGAUCAUUUAUCCCCAAGUUUUAAAACAUGUAAUAUAACAAGAAAAUAUAAUCUUAAUAUAACAGCAGGUUUUUCAUGUGAAAUAAUAAAAGAUUUUAGGGAUAAACAAGAAAUGUCUAAAAAGAUAAAAUACGUAGAUUUACAAUGUUUAAAUAUAAAAGUAUUAAGUGGUUUAAAUAUGACAAGUACUUUACAAUCAAAUGCAUCAAGAUCUUCAAUUCCUACAUUAUCACAAAAUUCAACACCUCAAUUACCAACCCCACCUCCAAUAUUACCUUCAAAAGCUACUGAACGUCAAUAUUCACAUUCUUCAAUAAAUCCAGUAUUAAAUUUUAAUAAUAAUUCAAAUCAUGAUGAAAAUGGUACUAGUAAUAAUGGUCAUAGUCAUGUUGCGACUAAUGAAACAAUUGAUGAAUCUAUUGCUAUGUUACCUACUUAUGAAGAUGUUGUUUUGGAAAGUUCUUAUCAAGAUAAUAGUGAACAUCAAAGAGCUAGAAGAAGGUAUCAACAACAUGAACAAUAUUAUUAUAAUUUAGAAUAG